AGUCAAGGUGCGCUUUGCUUAGAUUGAAAUACAUCUGGCCUUGUCUUUCUUACGACGUGAUAUAUCUCUUCACAUUCUCGUGGGGUACUUGGAAUACAGAUCUUACCAAGAAGACUGCUUUUGCCAUGACAAGCAAACCUAUCUUUGUGGCUACUCAUCCGAGGGCCUGCUCAACGGCUUUUGAGCGGGUCUUCAUGACACGCCAUGACACACUUCAAUGUGUUCAUGAACCGUUCGGCGAUGCCUACUACUUUGGGCCUGAACGUCUCGCUGAGCGCUAUGAGAAUGACCCAAAAGCUAGAAAGGAGUCUGGUUACGAGGACAGCACAUACAGGACCAUUUUUGAUCGCAUCGCGAAAGAGAACUCCGAGGGAAAACGAGCUUUCAUAAAAGACAUGGCUCAAUACUGGAUCCCGCCUUCGGGCAAGCCUGCCACAAUCGCGCCAUCGCUGUCAAACUACCGCCGUGGUGUAGGCACAAACACGACUGAACUUUCACCCGUCACUACGCGGACCGAUCCUUCGCGACCGCCCUACCCCUACGACACCCAGGGCGAGCCGAACAAUCCCACUGUCGUUCCCAAGGAUCUCUUAGCAACCUACCACUUCACCUUCCUAAUUCGUCACCCCAAGUUCAGUAUCCCAAGUUAUUACCGCUGCACCAUUCCUCCCCUCGAUGCCAUGACAGGUUUCUACAAUUUCCGUCCAGAUGAAGCUGGAUACGAAGAGCUUCGCCGACUAUUCGACUUCCUGCGCUCUGAGGGUCAGAUUGGACCCAAGUUCGCGGGCGAAAAGGGUAUCGAUUCCAACGACCAGGCAAAUGGCCACACUGGCGAGGUGGAAAUCUGUGUCAUUGACGCCGAUGACCUACUCGACAACCCAAGUGGUGUUGUAGAAGCGUUCUGCAAGACUACGGGGAUCAAGUGGGACCCAGGAAUGCUGAUAUGGGAUACGGAAAAGGAUCAGGGUAUUGCGAAAGAGGCGUUUGAGAAGUGGAAGGGCUUCCAUGAGGAUGCGCUGGAUAGUGAUCGCUUGAGGGCAAGGGCACACAAGAAAGAGCCCAAAACCGAUGAUCAGUUGUUUGCGGAGUGGAAGGAGAAGUACGGCGAAGAGGGCGCAAAGGUUAUCCGUGAUACCGUUGCCGCUAACGUAGAGCAUUACGAGUAUCUCAAGCAAUUCGCUAUCAAGGUAUAGAUAGUGGAAUAGCGGCGCUAGAGCUGUGUUUGGCAGUUCAGAUCACGUACAAACUUUGCUUCAGCAUGAACAUACAAAUCCCAGAGGACUGAUCAUUACCG